AUGGAGAUCGAGAAGCUCUACGUCUACCCCAUCAAGUCCAUGCGCGGCGUCGAAGUCCCCUCCGCCACCCUCACCAAAUACGGCUUCCCCUACGACCGCCGCUUCAUGGUCCUCGCCAAACAAGAAGACAAUGGCGCCCCGACCCUCAAAAACAUCACUAUCGCUCCCAACAACGAGCUCGUCCGCUUCUGGCAAUCCAUCGACUCCUCCACCUCUACCCUCACCGUGACCUUCAAACCCACCGAUGGCGGCGAAGCCAAGUCUAUCGAUAUCCCCUUGGAACCCGACACCGCCGACCUCAAAGUCAUAGACGUAAUGAUGCACAAAUCCCCCACCCAAGCGUACCAAAUGCCCGAUAAAUUCAACACCUUCCUCUCCUCCUGCCUAGGCUACGAAGUCAUCCUCGCCUACAUCGGCGACUACAAGCGCGAAGUCCGCAUGUCGAAUCUCGGCAGCAAACCGAACGACACCUCCACCGGAUCAAGUUGGCUCACCACCCUCACCACCGCCGCCUCAAAGGCCACAAGCAUGGUAACAGGCACCGCCGAACCCUCCACCAUCGCCUUCGCCGACGUCGCCCCCUACCUAAUCGUCUCCUCCAAAUCCAUGGACUCCGUCCUCGCGCGCCUUCCGGCAGACCAACAAAACUACUCCAUCCUGAAAUUCCGCCCCAACAUCAUCGUCUCGGGCGCCAGCGCAGUCUGGGAAGAAGACUUCUGGGCCCAACUAACCGUCGGAGACAGCAGCAGCAGCAAAGCGAAAUUAGAAUGCGAGCACAACUGCUCUCGCUGCCGGAGUAUCAACAUUGAUUAUGACACCGGUGAGCAGGGGAAGGGGGAGCAGGGGAGCAUGUUGAAGAAAUUGGCGAGUGAUCGCCGCGUUGACCCUGGAGCGAAGUGGAGUCCGAUUUUUGGACGGUAUAGUUUUAUGAGCCCGGGGGCCGAGGGGGAGGUGGUGAGGGUGGGGGAUGAGGUUGUGGUUUCGAGAAGGAACGAGGAGAGGACUGCUUUCGAUUGGAAGGGCCUUUCGACUCUGCCGGGUGGUGGGAGGGAAUAG